GUCCAUGCAGGACCUGCGAAAGCCUGCUGGGAAGGUGCAUGUCUGCAUCGUCGGGGCGGGGAAGAUGUCCAGGCUUUGCCUGCUUGCGCUCUUCAGCAAGCAUCCGGACAUCAAGGUCACGUUGGUGAACCGUUCCGUGGACAAGGCACAGGCGGUGCUUGACGACGACCUCGUGAAGGCUCGUGGAGGCACCAAUGCCACAGUCGCCAGCAUGGACGACAUGUUCGAGGUGAUGAAGGAGAGCGACGUGGUUUUCACGGCCACUGGUAGCGAGGUGCCGAUCAUCCAUGCCCCGGACGUGGAAGGACGCGAGCGGCCUCUUAUGCUCAUCGACAUUUCCGUGCCCUUGAACGUGGAUGCCGGCUGCGCAGAUGUGAAGGGAGUCUUCUCCUACUCCGUGGACGACCUUCAGAAAGUGGUGCAGGCCAAUGCCCAGAAGCGGCAGAACGAGGUCGAGAAAGCCAGGAAAUUCAUUG